UCAUUUUUACUGCAUCUUAUACACCCGCUGUUACUGGUUUUCCCGUCAUGUCGGAACAAAACUGUGCCCCUACCAUCUGCUCUAGUUCGAGUGUGACUAUCUUGAAAUCUUUCAAGUCUAUGUGUUUGAAUCCUAUGCUCCUAAAAGGGCUUUAUGAAAAUGGAUUUGAGAGGCCUUCGGUAAUUCAACAGAAGGGAAUUAAGCCUAUUGUUGAAGGUAGAGAUGUUUUCGUACAAGCUCAAAGUGGAACUGGGAAGACUGCAACAUUUGCCGUUGGUGUGCUUGAACGAAUAGAUCAGAGUUCGAAUGACGUGCAAGCCAUAAUCCUUGCUCCGACCAGAGAGCUAGCACUACAAAUAGCUCAGGUUGUUGUCUCAUUGGGCGAUUAUAUGAAUGUAAAAUGCAUGGCUUGCUAUGGAGGUCGCACUGACGUCUCUGAAACGGUUCGACGACUAGCCAAGGGUGUGCACAUAAUUGUCGGAACUCCAGGCAAAGUAUUAGGUUAG